CAAAAGACGAGGCAUUUCUUAUGCGACCGUCACCGGCAUCGCACUAGCGUUAGCAUCUCAGGAAGAGAAAAGCGUCCAAACCCGAAAUCAGAUCAAAUGGGCAAGGAUCUGAGCGACGACCAGGUUGCUUCCAUGAAGGAAGCUUUCCAUCUCUUCGAUACCGACAACGACGGUCGGAUCGCCCCUUCCGAGCUUGGGAUCCUUAUGCGCUCUCUCGGCGGAAACCCCACCCAAGCACAACUUAAAGCCAUCAUUGCUGAAGAAAAUCUCUCUGCCCCCUUCGACUUCCCUCGAUUUCUUGAACUCAUGGGCAAGCACAUGAAGGCCGAGCCUUUCGACAAGCAACUUCGCGAUGCCUUCAAGGUUCUCGACAAGGACUCCACCGGAUUUGUCUCCGUGUCGGAGCUCAAACACAUCCUCACCAGCAUUGGCGAGAAGCUCGAGCCUGCUGAGUUUGAUGAGUGGAUCAAGGAAGUCGAUGUUGGUUCCGAUGGCAAGAUCCGUUAUGAUGACUUCAUUGCCAGAAUGGUGGCUAAGUGAGAUGAUUCCGCAUAUGGCUUUUCUUCUCUUUUGAUGUUUUUAUCGACUAAUUGGCUACAUCUUGUUUAUAUAUUCCCUUCCUUUGUUGGGUGUUCUUGUCGUGAAUUUAAGAUGUUUCCUGUUACUGGUUUGGCUCCUUUUUUCAAAUUUUUACAUGUAGUGGACGAAUUCACCAAACCAUGCUGAUCUCUUUUUCUUUUGUUGCCUCCUACCCCCCAUCUUGAAUAUUUUGGGCCCCUAUAUUUAUGUCAUGUGGCUAAUGUAGGUGGUUUAUGGAAA